AUGGCAAUUAAUCAUGAUUUGUCUCAGCCCCUAAUCACACCCCGGCCAAGAUCAACCUGGGACAACAUCGUCGCAGCCGUUUACAGAUUCUGGAACUUCGUCAUCGUCGAGCAUGUUCUCCUUCUCUGGAACUUCGUCGUCGACCGCUUUCGCCGUCUCUGGAACUCCGUCAUCGUCGAACCCUUUACCCGUUUCUGGAACUUCGUCGUCGUCGAACCCUUUCGCCGUCUCAGGAACUUCGUCGUCGACUGCUUUCGCCGUCUCCGGAGCAUCAUUGUUGAGAAUGUUCGCCGUCUCUGGAACUCGUUCCCCGAGCCCGUUCGCCGCAACUUGAGAACCUUCUUCGAAGCCGUUCGAAGUCUCUGGAGCAAAGUCGCCGGACCCGUCAGCCGUUUCAAUCGCGAUCACCGGAGAUCCCUGAUGGCAGGUGUGGCCGAGUUCAUGUCAACAUUCAUCUUCGUCUUCGUCGGCUCCGGUUCCAGCAUGGCCGUCAACAAGCUCAACGGCGACAAAGCCACCGAUGAUGGCCUCAUCUCCACCGCCAUCGCCCACGCGUUAGCCUUCAUCGUCUCCGUCUCCAUCUCCACCGGCUACUCCUCCGGGCACGUCAACCCCGCCGUCAGCCUUGGCGCCUUCAUCGGCGGCAACAUCACAAUCCAGCGCUGCGUGCUCUACUGGUUCGCCCAGCUGCUGGCCUCCAUCGUCGCCUGCGCAGUCCUCAUGCUCGCCACCACCGGACAGAGUUUGCCGGUGUUUGGAUUUUCCGAAGGAGUGAAAGUGAAGAACGCCGUGGUCUUAGAGAUGGUGAUGACGUUCACGUUGGCGUACACGGUGUACGCCACCAGUGAUGAUACGCAGUUGCAGCCGGAUAAGAAGGAUACUAAGGGAACGAAAAAGAAGAAGACUAAGUUGAGAAUUAUUGCACCGAUCGUAAUCGGGUUCAUUGUUGGAGCGAAUGUUAUGGUGGGUGGGGUUUUUGAUGGGGCAUCCAUGAACCCGGCUCUGUCGUUUGGGCCUGCUCUGUUGAGUUGGAAAUGGGCCGGUCAUUGGGUCUAUUGGGUUGGGCCCGUCGUUGGUGCUGCCUCUGCUGGGUUUAUUUAUGAGAUGGUCUAUAUUAGCUCCGGCAGCUCCGGCAGAUCCGGCACUCGGCCACGACGGUGAUUAUUCGGAGGAAAAAAAAAAACAAAGAAAGAGAAAGAUGAUGUAGUGAUAUGUUAAUUCUGUGUUUGGAGGGUUGUUUUGUGUGUGUGUGUGAUGAAUCGGUGGUACUUGAUCUUUAACGUGAGUAAGUUACUCUAAGAUGUGUGUCCUCUCAUUAGUGGCGACUUUAUGUUAUAUGUGAAGGGGGCGUUCGGUAUAGGAGAAAUUUUUAUUUGU